GCGGAGGUAGUUUGGCAUUGGUAAACUAAGCGCACCGGCAUGCCGCGGCACCCGCUACUUUAAAAUACGAACCGAACUCUCAUAAAGAAUCGCCGAAAUUAUAAAUAUCUCAUUAUUUCAAGUAUAUGUUUCGAGUUGCCGGGUUUAUAAAUAAAAAACAAUACGUUUUUAACUGUUUAAGUGUUUAUUAAGAAAUGUCCGAAAGUAAACCAGAUACCGUACCCGGUUUGGGAUUUAAAGAUAAGGAAAAGGCAGAAGAAACUAUAAAAAAUCUGGAAGGAAGGGAUCCGGAUUACCAAAAAUUAGCAAUUAAAGGACUUAUUGGCAGGGCUAAAAGAACCUUAACAUUGACAAAAGACAAAGACAAGCUGCAAAACAUAAACGAUGCAAUGGCAAUAUUUGAAAAAUGGCUUAAAGAUUUCGAAUACGACAACAGGUCUAAGGAAAAUCGUGCCUACUUACCCUUAGCAACCGUAAAAAUAUUGUUACCCUUGAAGGAACAAUUUGGAAUUGAAGACAAAAAAGCUUCAUCUUUUCUAAGUGCAUACGAAAAGAAGGCUAAAGGAGAAUAUAAACAUUUAAGGACCGUCGCUAGCGAGGAAGACAAACCAACAUGGGACAUCGUAAGAAAUAGCGAACUGAGAAGUUUAUUGAAAAAACUCGAUGAAGACAGACCCGAUCUGUGGAAAGACGAUUUACCCACCAAAGAACAUAUGCAACUUAUUUUAUGGGCGUACAGCCCUGAUGCGGCAAAAAUUAAGAAAAACCUAUCGAAUUUAGAAGAAAAGUUGGGAGGUAAAAGCAGUCAAAGCUCCAGUGAAGAAGAUGAAAGCGAUGAUGACAAAGGAAAAAGAAAAUCUUCUGGCGAUAGCGAUGAAGAAUCGCCAAAGAAAAAAAGCAAAAAAUAAAUAAGUAUUAAAAAUAUAUUGUGCUUAAAUAUUUUUUCACCGGCAUAUGCCAUAUUUACGUUUUUUGUUUAAAAAUUAUAAAAGUUAUUUAUUAGCUUAUAAAAUCUAUAACAUAAUACCUAAUAUUGUUUUUUUAAUACACAAAUUAAUAAGC